AUGACUCCUACCAUCAGAUGGGAUGACCCGCGCACGUGGGUCUACUCGGGUAUCGACACCAACCUUCCGGAGCCGUCACCGAUGACCUCUCCAAUCCUCUCCCACGUCUCCGGGUGGUCGCCCAUCAAAUCCACCGACGACCUUGACGAGCUGGACCUCGACGAUGUAAGUUUCGAUGAUCUUGACGUGCGCGAUUUCCUUCUUGACAACGACGAUGACGAUGACGAUCUAAAUCAACUGUUGCCUCCCUCGUCUCCUGGCCCGAGGUUCUCCGAUCGAGAAUUAUUCGGGGAGGGUGUUGUGGGUUACAUCGAUGUCGAAGAUGAGGAAUCCUCAACUCCGCAGGAUUUUCUUUUCUCUGCUAAGUUGGAAUUUCUGGUUCGGAUCUCCGGCGACGGCGAGGACGAGGCCAAGUUGACGUCUGAUGACCUCCACUUCCGCAUUGCCAAACAUCUACAAGAAGCAGGCUUCUUUUCAUCCGGGUACUUGCAGCAUGAUGGCAUCAAUACCUCUGUCCAGCCCCUGGCAGACUCGAACAAUGGCACAGAUCUCUGGUCGGUGCAAGUAAGCGAUAAAAACCAUCAACUCCCUGAGAACAAACCCCAGGAGGACGAAGACGAACCGUAUCUUCAGACCUGGAAGCUCGUCAGCGUCCUCUCCCCACUCACAUCCUUCCACCCAGAAACCAUCCAAAGAUUUGACCCCCUCCUCCAAACCCUCAAGACCACGCCUGGUCUUGUCAUCGGCCUGGACCAUACCCCUCGGCUAUGCGUCAACAUCAAGCCGCAGGAAGCCGACUUCACUCUCCGCGAUACCAAGAGGCUCGCCAGAUUCCUCUACUACGCAUCCCCGCUCCUCGACGGCCUCCACGCAAAGUACUGCGGCCCAGGCUCCCUCAUCGCUCCGGGCAUCGAGUUCGCAAAGGCCUUCCACUUUUUGCCGUACACCCACCUCUCUGACGCAGAAUGGCGCGCACCGCCCGAGGAGAUGGUCUUCACCCACGGCCCGCCGGCGACUACGUACACCAAGAUGCUCAUGAAGCCGGACAUCAAGCGCAAGUCUGCCAUCGCGCAGUGCGCGCAGAGGUAUAUCGCGGGUUGCGACGACAUGGAAGACGUUGUGACCGCGAUGGAGAUUCGGGUGAUGGGCGACGAUGAAGUGGUGAGGACGAUUCCUGGGGCGUACGACUUUUCGAACCUCGUCGAUUCUGACCCGCAGAACAGGACGAUCCAGUUUCGUCAGCACGCAGGUACGAUGGACUUUGCUGCCGUCGAGAACUGGAUCAAGGUUUGCCACGGCAUCGUCUAUUUUGCUGCCAACGCGCCGAAGGAUGUGUUCGACCGCGUCAUGCAGCGGGUCCAACUGUCCGACAGCGCCUCGAAUUCAUACUCCAUCGACGAUCUGCUUCUCGAACUCGGCCUCCGUUCUGAGGCGGAGUAUUAUCGAUCUAAGGGCCCGAAUGCCUUCGUGCCGGAUCUCGAGUGCCUUCGGCGUAAGCCGGCCGUCAAUCUCGAGGACACACCUGGCUUGUCUCCCUUUUCUUUCGGUCUCGAGUUCGAGUUUAUCCUCCCUUACCACAAGGCCGAAGACAAAGCAUACUACAGCAAAAACGACAUGGAAGCAUCAGUAGCUACUCUAGACAACCGCUGGGUGCGCUAUCAUCAUACCGUCAACAGCUUUAAGCCAGAUUGGACUAGUGAAGUCCCCCAUGAAGUCGACAGAGACCACCUCGCCGAAGUCUUCAACAAAGCAGGUCUCUUCAGCAUCAAUGAGGAUCGCCUGAGCUUCGCCAGUGCCCAGAAUGAUGGGCAACUUCCAGGCUUGCAAAAGAUGGCUGAUGAUCUCGGGUACCGGAUCGAAGUCUCGCCCAAGGUCAAACCGUUGUACCAGACAUGGCUUCUGAAGAGCGACAUCAGCAUUUCCGGCUUGAGCACAGGCUUCUUGGAAUACUCCGGGGGAAUCAGAGGCUAUGAGCUCACCAGCCCCAUUCUCCGUGACCAGAAGGAGGACUUUGAAAAGAUGCUGAGCAUCAUCAAACUGAUUCGAAGCCAGGCGCGCCCUAUGCUCGACCCCAGCUGCGGCUUGCACGUUCACGUUGGAAACGUCCACAACUUCUCUUUCCGGUCCCUCAAGCGCAUCUUGACUAUGGUUUGGGCUGUUGACCCGAUCGUCUCUACCUUGAUUCAUCCCUCACGUUUCGAUAGUCCUUACUCGAAGCCUCUGAGUACCGGUUCCCAGUUGGCCGAUGAUUACUACCUUCCUGCGUUUUCGGAAGUCCGAAACGAAAACCCCGACAAACUCCUUGAGCUCGACAUCGUGUCUCACCUGCCCAUGUCCAAAAUUGAAGACCGGCUGCAGAGAGAAUUCUACCGCAUCUGGGCGGCCGAGAACCUAGCUGCUCUCAAGUAUAUGCUUGACACACCUGAUGGCUCGCGCUCCGCUGUUUCAGUCAACAGCAUCAACCGCAUCGACCUCCCCAGCACCGGGAGAAUCAAUCCUAACGACCAUGUCACGAUCAAGCGCCCGGAUGCCCGGAUUUUAGGUGGUACCAUCGAGUUUAGAGGCCUCGAGGGGACGCUUGAUCCGGUGCUCGUGGCGCACUGGGUGAAGCUGAUGCUGGCCAUCGUGGAGAAGGCCGAGUCGGCGACCAUGUGGGAGUUCUACAAAAUGAUGGAAAAGAUCCUCGUGAAGCCCGCCGACGAGGAGCAACAGCUGGUCAACUUACUCGAGGUUCUGGGGUUGACUUCUGCGCAGGAGUAUUGGGCUGGUGUGGCGGCGAAGAACUGGGCCUUGGCCGAAAGCGGUGAGUUCCCAACCCUAGCGACUCAACCAGAUACCUCAAAGGGAGAAGACGAUCCGGCCUAUCGUAGAUGGCUGGAGGAGAGCGUUGUUCUUUUUCCACAGCUGCCGGACGACGCAGAGGAUCAGGUGCGGCAAGCAAUUUCGUAG